AUGGCCUUUGGUGAGCUUCAAGCCUGUGAGUCUACCCCGGGCUGGACCAUGCUCUCCCUCGAUUUCAAGAGUGCCUUCAACUACACCGACCGAGCACGGCUGCACGAGAUUGUGGCCGACAAGGUCCCUGGCCUCUUGCGCGCCUUUGAACGACACUAUGCUCGACCCACUACUCACUGCAUUGUCGACAAGUUCUUCAAGGUGAUUGACAUUGAUGUUGGCCAAGGCAUUGUGCAGGGCAACGAGCUAUCGCCCUUCUUCUUUGCCCUGUACUCCUGUGAGGUCCUGGGUCUCCUCGACGCCACCACUGACUACCGCUGCAAGGUCAUCAAAUACCUCGACGACAUUGUACUGAUGGGUCCCGCGGAGGACGUGGCGGCCGACGUCGAGAUUAUCAAGGCUCGUGCAGAGUCUGCUGGCCUUCAUUUGCAGCCCAGUAAGAGCCGCUUCUACAUGCCUCGCCACCAUCCCGCUUCCAUCGCUGCUAUCGAGUCUGUCUUGCCAGAUGCCGUGCGCGAGACGGCCAACACGGGCAUGACUAUUAGAGGCACAAUCUGA